CCACAGCUGUGGAUCUGAUCAGACGCACCAAUUUGAAGGGCAGGCUUUCGAGACUUCGCUGAACAGUGACUUUCGCUUUGCGUGAGCAUCCCGUUUUGCUUUUGUGGUAGACAAAGAGGAAAAAAAUAAAUAAAUACAUAAAUAAAUAAAAGUAAAGAGAAGUAAGCGGCAGCAAUUAGAUCCCCCAGCAGAAGUGACAGCAGGUGUGAAUUCAUGUCUGUAUUUUCACCGCAGAUAUACUGCCCAGUGUUUGUGCCCAGCCGAGAUAUGACUGAGGUGAUGAUCAACAGCACCCCCAUGGAGGACAUGAGGCUCAGCCCCAGCAAGGACAGACUCUCCUUCCAGAUAUUCCCAGACCCCUCGGAUUUUGACCGCUGCUGUAAGCUCAAAGAUCGCCUCCCAUCCAUUGUGGUUGAGCCGACAGAAGGAGAAGUUGAGAGCGGGGAGCUUCGCUGGCCUCCAGAGGAGUUUUUGGUCAGUGAGGAGGAGGAGGAGGACGAAGAGGAAGAAGAGGAACAGAAUAGCAGCAUUCAAAAUGGACAGCCAGCACAGAACUCGCAGCACUAGAGGCUGUGUUAUAGCACCCAUACACUCUUUCUUCUUUCUGAUGGACUGUCCCGUUUCAUACACUGGUUAUACUUCACAUCAGCACUUCAGUUCACUCAACUGACAGAUGCCGUCUCGUUUCCCAUGACACCAAAAAAGAAAAACAAAUCCCUCCACGCGAGAAGCAAUAUGCACACAUAAACACACUUUUAUGACAUCGUAACGUAUCCUCCUAGACUGCAAAUCAAUCAAAAACAGACUUGGAAGAGAUCAGACAAUGCACACCUCUAACCUUCACCUACUUCUUACCACCGUGUGUGUCUCGGCCCAGACCGGAUGUCCUGUUGGACAGCGGCAGCUCAGUGCUCCAUGGACAGGUCUCGCACUGCAGGAUGCUACUACUGCUCUGUACCUAACUUCAAAAUGGCUGGCGUCAUGACCCCAGAGGCUUCCUACUUGUAUGCAGAACUAUUGUGGUACCCGUGGGAAUUAUUGUACAGUACACUGUCAAUGUUUGUGUUCAGAAUCUGGUUUGCUAUGUUAUUAUUAUUAUUGUAAUUGCCACUGCUGUAGACUUGUCUGUUCUGGAGAAGCUGAAACUUUGUGACUUGCCUGUUGAAUGGGUUUUGUGCAAAAUGUUGUUGCGAAUGUUUUAGUUUUGGGAGGGUUUUUUUGGGGGGGGACGGGGUGUCCUUCACUGUCAGCCACUCGCAUUUAAAGAAAUUUAAAAAAUAAAUGGGGGGGGGGGGGAAGAAGUGUUAUGAAAAUCAGAGGUGAAAAAUGGUAUGUAUGAUAAAUAUGUGGGACGUGUUCAUUUUCCCCCGUUAUGUACCAAAGUCAAGUUAUGCUAUGAUCCCCUCAUGACACUGGCCUCCUGAAAGCCUUAUGAUGGACAGUAUUUUGAUGAUGCAGCAAAAUGAUCUGACUGAGAACAAAAAGUGUCACCGACAGGCUGCUGUUCAAAGAGAAAAGCUGAAUAAGGAUGGGAAAUGUUACAUUUUGAAAAGCACUUAAUAAAGCAAUGCACAGACCCAAUGAAGGAUAUGUAAAUACUUGUUCCUAGUGAGCCGACUCCCGAGGCCUUGUAGUGCACUGAUCGUCUUUUUUUUUCUUUUU